AUGAACAAUACAUCAAACAUUUUAAUCAGCACAGGGGCUUUCGCCUCAUUGUUAUACACCAUAUUCAAAAUUAGAAGACCCUUCAAGCAGCACUCAUUCAACACCUUUGCCUAUAUAAUUCUCUUGCUUAUCAUGUACUCAUUAGUAGUGCGAUCCUUUUACUUUUUUGUGGACAAACCUAACAUUUCACCUAAGCUGCAAGGUUUUAUAUCGACCUAUCCCUCGAUUAACCUGGUUAUAUGCUCGUAUUUGCUCUCAAAUUAGUGGGUUUACGAUCUCUUAAUAUUCAUACAUGGAAACCAGAAUCAAUUCCUUGAGCGUCAGAUUAAAGUCUUUGUAGUAACCUCAAUAAUAUUCAUCGUAAUUAUAUACUUUGUCUACGCAAUCUCGCUCCCAUAAAACUUUGAUUAACAAUUCCAGGACAUAUUCUACUUUAUUGCAAUAUUUGAGAUUAUAGUCUCUUUACUGCUAAUGUGCUCUAUACUGCUCUAUGUUAAAAGGAUUAUAUUGUUCAACCAGAGAUAUGGAAGAUUCGCAUUCGCUCUCGGGAUAGUGUUUAUAAUUGCUAAUGUAAUGGCUGGCAGUCUUAACUUUUACCUCGGCAGUGGGGGAUAUGACCCAAUCACUUAAUUGAAAACUACAAAUGAGUUACUAUGGGCUAUGAUUUUCAUUCCAUUCUUUGUUAUAACAGAAUUUGUGCCCGCUAUCACAUUUGCCGUUGUUAUGGAGAAGUAUGGCGAAGAGCAAUCCCCUAAUAAUAAUUUACCCCGUUGA